GACCUGUGGGCGGUUUGAGUAGCUGCAUGCUAAAAAUAUGUAAAAGGAAACAAAAACAACAACCGCUAACCAGAAUGAACAGUCGGCUAACGCGUUAGCAUGUUAGCGCCGAGUGCCAGCGGCGGGCGGACGGAGCUCGAGUCUCCGCCGGCGAUGGUGGCGUUGGUGCGGGGUUCAGGAUCAGCUAGUUAGCCGGUUAGCUACGGCUGGCUGUUCUUUUGUGGACGUGUGGUGGGGUUUUAGGAGGGGAGGGGAGGGGGGAGCCGACGUUAGCUGCACUCCCCCGGUUAGCUCGCUGCAUCGAGAAGAUACAUGAAGGAAGGAGGAGGAGAUUUAUUUAUUUCUUAAUCCCGCUGUUGACAUGUUUUGAUCCGCGGAGCCCCCCGACGAGGCUCGGAUCCAAACACCCGGGAUCUGGAGCUAGCUGGAGGCUAACAGCAGUCAUCCAUGGGAUCCCCGAGGCGUGUUGAUAAGGCAGACUGGCUGACGUGAUGACGUUACCGGGAGAAGCGGCUCUCCUGCGGGCUGACAGCUGAUGGAGAGGAGUCCCUGCUCCUCCUCCUCCUCCUCCUCCUCCUCCUCACACACACACACGGCCGGGGUCGUAUGAGGAGGACACGACGGAGCCCAGAAAUGACACACUGAACUGGACAGAAACGUUACUCGCAUCAACUGGAAGCACCGGGGAGGGGAUCGGCGUGUUGAAUGAAAUGGAUGCGUUGCCUGUUGACGAGUUUACAAGAUAAAGCUUUUUCUUUUUUUGGUUGUGGAUGUUUGUUUUUGAUCAAUCAGCUGACACAGUGGAUUUCUAAAUAAUUUCCCGGUACUCUCAUCCGUUGCCUUGUCAGUGAAACAGCAUCAACGAGGCGGCUCACUGAUCAAACGCAUCAAAAAUGACUUGAAUGAGUGCCUUUUUUGUUGUGUGUGUGUGCAGCCCAUUCGUCUCUGUGAUAUCUUCAACCAAGCAAUGCUAAAGUCCACAGCUUCGUGGUCUCAUUCGGAGUUUUCAUUGAUCACCUUCUAAUCAGUAUUGCAAAUCACCGAAACAGCCGACGGGAGAAGCGCCAAGUACUAUGCACCGUUGUCGCUGUCUCACAUCCGACACCGAACCAGUAACCUCAGCGGAGGAGAGGCGCUCAUAACGGUACCGACCCAUCCGACGAGCCCCGACCUCUCUCUGGGUCUUUUUUAUUUUAUUCUUUUUAUUUUAUUUUUUUCAUCCACGGUUUUGGGGUGUGUAGAGAUCCGCAGGGAUGUUCGCCGCCGUGGAGCAUGGCCCGGUCCUCUGCAGCGACUCCAACAUCCUGUGCCUGUCUUGGAAGGGCCGGGUGCCCAAGAGCGAGAAGGAGAAGCCGGUGUGCAGGAAGCGCUACUACGAGGAGGGCUGGCUCGCCACCGGGAACGGCAGAGGAGUGGUCGGGGUCACGUUCACGUCCAGCCACUGCAGACGGGACCGACCCACCCCGCAGAGAGUCAACUUCAAUCUCAGAGGACACAACAGCGAGGUGGUCUUGGUGCGGUGGAAUGAGCCCUUCCAGAAACUGGCCACUUGUGAUACAGAUGGAGGGAUCUUUGUUUGGAUCCAGUAUGAGGGCCGCUGGUCUGUGGAGCUGGUCAAUGACCGUGGAGCGCAGGUGAGUGACUUCACCUGGUCCCAUGAUGGCACCCAGGCUCUUAUCUCCUACCGUGAUGGCUUUGUCCUGGUGGGAUCGGUCAGCGGGCAGAGACACUGGUCUUCCGAGAUCAACCUGGAAAGCCAGAUUACCUGUGGUAUCUGGACCCCUGACGACCAGCAGGUGUUGUUUGGUACUGCAGAUGGACAGGUGAUAGUGAUGGACUGCCAUGGGCGCAUGCUGGCCCACAUUCUGCUGCAUGAGUCGGAUGGCAUCGUCAGCAUGUCUUGGAACUAUCCCAGUUUCCUGGUGGAGGACAGCAGUGAGAGCGACACAGACUCUGACGACUACUCACCACCACAAGUGCACAGCCAGAAACCACUGCUGACAGUCAGCUUCACAUCUGGAGACAUCAGCCUGAUGAACAACUACGAUGACCUCUCUCCCACCCUCAUCCGCACCGGUCUGAAAGAUGUGGUGGUCCAGUGGUGCUCGCAGGGGGACCUACUAGCAGUGGCAGGGAUGGAGAGGACCCUCCUAUCCCCUGACCCUUCCUGCCCUCCUCCCACCAGGAAUGCCAUUGUUAAGUUCUACAACGUUCGGGGUGAACACAUCUACACACUGGACACACCAGCACAGCGCCCCAUCACUACGCUGUGCUGGGGUCACCGGGACUCUCGUCUGUUCUUGGCCUGUGGCCCGGCGCUCUACGUUGUGCGAGUGGAGCACCGCGUUGCCAACUUGCAGCUACUCUGCCAGCAGGGCAUCGCCACAGCAGUGAAGGAGGAAAAAGAUGUUGCCAAGCUCACCAUGCCUUCCCGCCUCUGUUCUUACGUCACUACUGCUUUCGUCCCCACCAUCAAGCCCCCCAUCCCAGAUCCCAACAACAUGCGCGAUUUUGUGAGCUACCCGACAGCUGGAAACGAGCGUCUGCACUGUACCAUGAAGCGUACAGAGGAUAACCCUGAGGUUGGGGGGCCCUGCUACACUCUGUACCUGGAGUACCUAGGAGGUCUGGUGCCUAUCCUCAAAGGCAGACGAAUAAGUAAACUGCGUCCAGAGUUUGUCAUUAUGGACCCCAAGACGGAUGGAAAAACAGAUGAGAUAUACGGCAACAGUUUGAUAUCUGCCAUGAUUGACAGCUGUAACUGCUCAGACUCCAGUGACAUUGAGCUGAGUGACGACUGGGUUGGCAAGAAAUCUCCAAAGAUAUCCAGGGGCAGCAAAUCCCCCAAACUGCCCAGAGACUUAGUUUGUCCCUUUACCAACAGGAUCAACAUUGAUCCCAGAAAAUCGCCCAAACUGUCCCGUGCUACACAAGAGAUCUCCAGGUCACCACGGUUACCUAUACGGAAACCCUCGAUUGGGUCACCCAGUCUAACACGGAGGGAAUUUCCUCUAGAUGACAUCACUCAGCAAAAUUACCUUGCUCAGGUCACAUCCAAUAUUUGGGGAACAAAGUUCAAGAUUGUGGGGCUGGCCACAUUCUUGCCAACCAAUCUUGGUGCAGUCAUUUAUAAGACAAGCCUCCUCCAUCUGCAGCCUAGACAGAUGACCAUCUACCUGCCUGAGGUGCGUAAGAUCUCCAUGGACUACAUCAAUCUGCCUGUCUUUAGCCCCAACGUCUUCAGUGAAGAUGAAGAUGACCUGCCUGUCACAGGCCCUGCUGGUGGUGCCGACGACAACCCACCCUGCACUGUCAACAUCCCUAUUGCCCCCAUUCACAGUCCCGCCCAGGCCAUUUCGCCUGCCCAAAGCAUCGGUCUGGUCCAGUCACUCCUAGCAAAUCAAAAUGUUCAGCUGGAUGUCCUAACAAAUCCCACAGCAAACCCUGCUGGGGCUGCUGCAGGUGCGUCAGACCAAAGCCAGGACACCAUCCUGACAGCCCAGUACACAGUUCCCACCAGGUACUCCAGUCCUGGUCAGGUCAUCUUUGGGGGACUAGAAAUGGGUCGCCUAAUGGUGGGACCUCCACCUUCUCAUCAUCCUUCACAACAACAGCAACAACAACCAAGUCACCAUCAACAACAACAACAGCAGCAGCAACAGCACCACCAUCAACAGCAACAGCUACAACACCACCAACAAAUUCAGCACCACCAACAACAACUCCAACAACAACAGCAGCAGCAGCAACAACUCCAACAGCAGCAGCAGCAGCAACUCCAGCAGCAGCAGCAACAACUCCAACAGCAGCAGCAGCAACAGCUCCAGCAGCAGCAGCAACAGCUCCAACAGCAGCAGCAGCAACUCCAACAGCAGCAGCAGCAGAUGCUGCAGCACCAACACAUACAACAACAACAGCAGCUUCAGCAACAGCACAUUCAGCAGCAUCACAUUCAGCAGCAGCUCCAACACAUACAGCAACAGCAGCAUCAACAUCAGCUCCAACAGCACAUACAGCAACAGCAACAACUACAACAGCAGCAUCAACAAAUUCAGCAGCACCUGCAGCAACAGCAGCAAAUACAUCAUCAACAGCAAUCACAGCAGCAGCAUCAGCUGCAGCAACAGCAGCACCACCAUCAACUUCAGCAGCAGCUCCAAAUUCAAAUUCCUGUUCCCUCUAUGUCAUCAGGACAGCCUUCAGGUGCAUCUGUGCACCAGCUCCAGCCGGGAGCGCUGCAGAUACAGAUCCCUCAUCCACCUUCUGAUUUAGUGGUUGAGAGAGCAGUGGGGGGCGAACACGAACACUUACUGAAAAUCAAAACCACUCGGUCAACUCCACAGCUGGCUGAGGGUGAUACUGUGGUGUUCAGUGCCCCUCUAGAGCUCAGCAAGAUGAACCCCCCGCCCCCCUACCCCGGGACAGUGGCCGCCGCUGUGGCUGCCGCAGCAGCUGCUGCUGCAGCAGCAUCAGCCUCCGCUGCAGCCUCUAAUGCUGCAUCUGGAGCAGGAGGAGGCGCCAAUGGGACUCCUCCCCCUGGUGACCUUUGUAUGAAGAAGGGAGAGUUCCCACUUUAUCCUUCAGGUCAGCAACAAGCAUACCCCACACCACUGGGAUAUGAGAGGAUAACGACAUUUGACAGCAGUGGGAAUGUGGAGGAAGUAUGUCGUCCUCGAACACGCCUUGUCUGCAAUCAGAAUGUCUACACACUCCAGGGACCUGGCAGCUCUGCCACUCUCAGGGUCACUUCCUCAUCAUCCACCUCCUCAGCUGACAAGAAAAUCCAGCUGCCCUACACCUCAGCCACGCUCAACAGACUCACUGCACCUCGCUAUUCCAUACCCAGUGGAGACCCGCCCCCAUACCCUGACGCAGCCAAUCAGAACAGUGCUGUUGGCAGGAACCCUGGACAGAGGCUCGACAGCAGCCUAAUCCAUGCUACUCUCAGGAGGAACAGCCGAGAGGCCGCUCUUAAAGUUUCCCAGAUGCUGGAACCACCCAGACCACUGCCUCCAAAGGCUAAAAACAGUGGUGCACUAGCAGCAUCAUUCCAGCAGAGGGUGCCAACAGCCUUAUACACCUGCAGUCAGUGUAGCAGUGGAUCCAGUGUUGGAAGCACUGCUCCAGGAAGUGCUAAUGGGAUAGCAGGAGGAACUAUUAUCAGACAGGAUUUCCCUCCAGGGAACGGGGCGCCACACAGCACAGUUAUCGUUCACUCCAACAGCGCUACUGCUCUGGCCUCCCAGUCCUCUUACAACCUGCUGAGCUCUCUUGAAGGAUCUGGGACUGUAACAGGAGGAGGAGGAAGUAGCAGAGACAGGGCUGAUUAUGUUAAUUCAGCAUUUACUGAGGAUGAAACACUGAACCAGUCACUGAGGCAUCUGGCACUAGGAGGAAAUGAUGCACCAGGGCUGGUUGUGAAACGCCCACCUCCCUAUCAGUGGGACCCAGCUGCCACGGAGGAGGUGUGGGUCCCACAGGAACGGACAGCAACACUGAAUCCCAAUGGCCCCCCUGGACCACACAAACCACCCCCACUUAUUCUUAGCCCAGCUCAGCACUUGGAUGUGUCCAGGCUGCCUUUUGUCCUUUCUCCAAAGUCCCCCACCAGCCCCAGUGCUGCAUCAUUUCAAGCUGCUGCAGCAGCUGCAGGCUACCAGAUCUCUCUCCAGUACCCUCCAGCAACUUCCUAUUCUGGAGCUCAGCCCAUCCCAGGGUCACCACGCCCCUGCUCCUCCCCAAAGGAGGUGGUGGCACCAGUACCCUUCUCACAGCAGGAUGCAACCAUUGUCUUACCACCAGGUUACCCUGCAAACCUGGCAAACCUUGCCUGCUGCCCUCUCCCACCCAUGUAUCCAGGAGGAAGCGCUUGUGCGGGGCUUCCCAUUCCCCCCAUUGCCCUUCACACUCCUUGGGGUACGUAUAACUCUUGCCCACCUAUGCCCAGUCCUGCAGUGCCACUACCACCAAAAGCCUCCCACAUGGCAAUAGACAAAAAUGUUCUCUCACCUCCUCCUCCUCCCCCACCUCCCCCUCCACCACCACCAGCAGAGCUGCAGAGCCAUGGAGGAUUACAGGAGGCCAUGGCAGAGGCUGGGGAAAGUUUUCAGGAGGUGCUCUCGUUGACUGAGAGCCCUGUGCCACAGCGGUCUGAGAAGUUCAGCAAGAAAAACCGCAAGCGGGUAGACGGACGCACUGAGGAGGCUAAUGUGCCACCGCUGGCUGAAGGGAGCAAGUCCAAAAAAGAGGGCAGAGCUUUGGGUGAUUUCAACUCACUCAUCUCCAGUCCGCGGCUGGGAGGAAGGGACAAGAAAAAGCUGAAGGGACAGAAAGAGCAGCAGCUGAAGGCCAAGAAGCUGAGUAAGGCCACUGCCAACAGUGAGUUCCAGGACAGUUCAGAGAGUGAGCCAGAGCUGUUCAUCAGUGGGGAUGAGCUGCUCAAUCAGUGCCAGAGCGGUAAGAAGGGCUGGAAGAGUAAGAGGAACCUGAGGGCUGCCAGCGAACUGGACGAGAUCAAGUGUCGAAAGGCUAACGAGAAGGAGGACCGGGGUCUGGGCAGCCAGGGGUUUGUGUACGUAAUGGCCAACAAACAGCCACUGUGGAAUGAAGCCACGCAGGUCUACCAGCUGGACUUUGGUGGACGUGUCACACAGGAGUCUGCUAAGAACUUUCAAAUUGAACUGGAGGGCAGACAGGUGAUGCAGUUUGGCAGGAUUGAUGGCAAUGCCUACAUCCUGGACUUCCAGUAUCCCUUCUCUGCUGUGCAAGCCUUCGCAGUGGCUUUAGCCAAUGUUACUCAACGCCUCAAAUGAGAUGCCCUCUCCCUACUUACCCUGAGUUAUAUCUGGGAUUUAAAUGCAAUCUGUUGAAGGGGCACAGUUGUUUCAUUUGAGAUUAAUAAACUUUGAUUUUGGAGAGAAGACUAAAAUCAGCCCUGGUCAUAGAGAGAUACAAUCACGCUGCACUACACAAUGCUGCCACUAGAGUUGGUGCAAUAAGCAUUGGCUGCAUUUGCCAAGGAUGCCCCUCAGAUUUGCUCCGUUUGGCAAUCGGUGGCACCUUGCAAUGCAUGUAGGGCCAAAGAGCUGAGCUUUGGUAAUCAUCAUGCAAAUAAAUGCUGCUUUAGCUAGAAGAAGCUUAUAGACAUGAUAACCGAUCGGUUAACUGAACGGAGAGGAAUUAUCAAGGUGCAGUUUUCAAAAGAAGCAGCAGUAAUACUUGAAAACCACACUCUGGAGAUCAAAGUUGUUGUUUUUUCCCCAGAGCGCACAGGUACUACUGGGCACUGAAAUCCAUUGCUGUACAAAACUUCAGUGAAACAGUUACCACUUUAUUAUACUGCUUUUGCUUUUAGGAUUUUAUUAAAUUACUAAACAUGGUCGAGGGUAGGAGGGUCUUUUUGUUUUUUCUCUCUGCCAUUCCUUUUGUUACUAUCUCAGUCUAUCUUGGCUGGAAUUGAGGCUUAGAUAUAUAUGCAUCAUUUAGGAGCACUACUAAGAGGUCACACUUUUCACUGUUGUGGAAGGUGCAUCACUGUCAAAAACUUGGGAUUGUCGAGGAGUAUAGAGGAGGUGAACUGCAGUCUUUUCCACAUGGUUUCCUGGGACUUUGAAGGAAGAAGAAACGUUACUCUGCUACAUGGAUUAAUUUAUAUGUACAUUUUGUUUUAUCUAUUCAGAUAUGAAUUUUAACAUUAUUGUCAUUGUUUGUGAUAUACAAUCUUCAUACCCUGUCAACAUGGAUUUCAGCUUACCUGCUUUAUUUGGGAGACUGGUGGCUGAAUUUGAAUAUUGCUGUGUAUUAAUUCAGGUGGGAGGAGGAGGCCGGGGGGAGGGGGCGUACAGAAAAGCUUUGACUGACAUAUCCUGUACUUAAUGAAAUAUCUACAUAUGGUGACACGGGCGCAAAAGAAGUCACCGUGGCCUGAAUUGAACAACUCUGGCAUGAAGUGAUUUGUCACCUGCUGUCACUUCUGUGAAGUGAGUGUGUAGUUGGGGGUUGUCCGGCUCUUAAAGACCACACUAAACAUGUAAGCAAGGUACAGGAAAUAUUUUUGUAUAUUCCACCUAUGCCAUUUCAUACUUCAGAAGUCAUGUAAAUACAUAUCAGUCAUAUGUAAAUGUUGUAAAGAGACUUGGGUGACUUCGACAGACUGUCUGUUUACACCUGUCUCCACUGUGUUUUAAGUGUAAUUUCAGGUGUGGAGCAAAGCGUGUAGUACUGUAUCGUACUACUCGACAGCUACAACCACAAAACAAAGUUAACAAUUAAGCUGAAAUCAUUGUUACUGAAUCUUUGAAGUCAGAACUCCAAUGAAGGAUGAAGCUAUUGAAAUCUGUUCGUUUAGUAAGCUGACACUGAAAUCUGAAAAGCUGUUUUUCUUUCUCUUUGUUUCGUUUUUUUUUUUCCUUUCAGGCAGUCAAGCUUGUGUUCAUGUUGAAUUAAGGACGCAGAGCAGGGCCAGCUGGUAGGAGCGUGGGCAGGAGUAAAUUAUUAGGACACUGCAAAGAUGGUAGCCAAAGUCAAUAAAAAAGGGCAGUAAUAUUUAGGCUUAAUAACAUUAGUUAGGUGUGUGCCAAAAUAUACAUUUGCUCAGAUUUAAUAGUUGACAAAAUGGACCUAAGAGGGAGGUUUAGACUUCUU